CUAAUUUCAAGUUUCAUACAGUGCGAGACCCAUUCGAUCGGGCGUCUCCUGGUAAUUCAUCGGAAUCUUCCUCGUCCCCCCCACAAAAUCUCGUCAAUCACGCCUUCGACGAUUCCGCUGUUGCUCUCUCCCUUCCUUUGACGCGCCUUUCCCACGGCAAGUCCCGAUUUUUCUAAUACCCAAACCCAAGUCCACAGCGCCUUCUUCUCCUUCUUCUUCUUCCUUCUUCUUCUUCUUCCGGUGCUGCUUCUUCUUCUUCUUCUUCUCUCUCUCUCUCUCUCUCUCUCGUCUCGUCUUUUCCAUUCGCUGCUUCACUUUGCUGACCCGCCCGAGCGUUCCCGCACCGGCGUCGACAGACCCACCGAGAAAGAUCGCUGCCCGGGUGGUCAAAACCGGAGCUUGGAAGCUUGGAGAUGUCCCGAUCGUGCUACAGGCGCCUGGAGAGGUGCUUCGGCGGGGGCGGCGGGGACAAGCUGUCGUGGCACGUCGAUCUGAAGCCGCACGCCUCCGGGGAGUACUCGAUCGCGGCCGUGCAGGCGAAUUCCUCGCUGGAGGACCAGGCGCAGGUCCUGACCACCUCGUCGGCCACGUACGUCGGGGUCUACGACGGCCACGGCGGGCCCGAGGCGUCCCGCUUCAUCGCCCGCUCCCUGUUUCCGUUCCUUCACAAGUUCGCGUCGGAGCAUGGUGGAGUAUCCUCUGAAGUCAUUAAAAAGUCAUUCGAUACUAUGGAAGAAGAGUUCUUGCACUUUGUGAGGCAAUCCUGGCCUCUCCGGCCGGAGAUUGCGUCCAUGGGUUCGUGUUGUCUUGUUGGAGUGAUUUCGAGCAACGUUCUCUAUGUGGCGAAUCUUGGUGACUCGAGGGCGGUGCUCGGCCGGAGAAAUUCAGAAAAAAAUGGAAAUGGUGCGGUGGUGGCGGAGAGAUUGUCCACUGAUCAUAAUGUUUCCGCCGAGGAGAUUAGGAAGGAGGUGGAGGCCCUUCAUCCCGAUGAUUCUGGUAUUGUUGUGAAUACUCGUGGUGUCUGGAGAAUCAAGGGAAUAAUUCAGGUGUCAAGAUCAAUUGGAGAUUUCUACUUGAAGAGACCUGAGUUUAAUCAAUGGGGACCAGCAAUUCCAUUAAGAAGACCUUUAAUGACAGCUGACCCCUCUAUAGUUAGUCGAGAAUUAAAGAAAAAUGACUUAUUCUUGAUAUUCGCUUCAGAUGGUCUCUGGGAGCAUUUGACUGAUGAAGAAGCUGUUGAAGUUGUCUCGAAAUAUCCACAAGCUGGGAUAGCCAAGCGACUGGUGAAAGCUGCCCUUCGGGAGGCUGCGAAGAAAAGAGAGAUCCGAUUCGAUGACAUAAAGAAAAUCAAGAAGGGCAUAAGACGGCAUUUCCAUGAUGAUAUAUCGGUGGUCGUGGUUUUCCUCGACCACUCGCAUGAUUCUCACCAUUCUAGAGUCAUGCGUCGAGACACCUAUGAAAUCACGACUGUGCCUGUCGACAUUUUUUCACAUAACGCAGAUGAAGCUGAUUGCUGAUGCACAGGGCAGAUAAAGCUGUUGUACAGUAUCGGUGAAGGGAGAAUCCAAGAUGGUGCAUCCCAUACACAAUCACUAUAGAUUAGGCAGUUGUACAUAAGUUAUGACGCGGGGGAUCUGCUAGCCAUGGGCCGUAGAUGCUUGUGACUUUUAAGGGAUAUCUGUUGUGAGGUUUUCUGCUCAUCCAUUUUUGGCUUCCAAGCCAAUCUCUGUUACAGAUCAAUAGAAGAAUCAAUGGGGGUCCUUCUUCAGAUCUGGUUUGACAUGGGUUUAUGUUUUGGCUGAGGCUCGCAGUUUCCUACCCCUUCUUUGCGGUCCUUUGACAUUAUCAAUGACAUACGGUUACAAGAUCA